AAAUAUGGUUGAGAUAUUAACCAAUAAAAAACGAGCUGAUUGGUUUUGUUCGGUUUUCUCUCAAAAGUCUCAAAAUGGUUCUGUCCGAAAUUCAGAUUGGUUAAAAUUUGCUAAUAAUAUGACUUGGUACCAGAUUUGAAAAUCGUAAUUUAAUGAAAAAUCCUAACUGGUAAAUUCAGAAGCCUCAUUUUGUUACAGCAAUAGAGAAGCAAAAGCAACACAUAUUCGAGAGCAUGUCUGACCAGACUGAAGAGGUGAUUGUUCCUGAGCCUCUUAUUGAAGAAACUAUUGAAGAGACCAUUGAUGAACUUGAAGCUGAAGAAUAUUUUAAUAAUGAACGAACUCUAACAUUAAUUAGAUUAUUUAAAAAUUAUAAACCCUUAGUAGCUGCAGGAUCUAUUAAAACCAUGAAACAAAUGUGGGAAAUAAUUUCUGCAGAUUUUUUAAAUGAACACCAACUAUCUGUAACUCCACAAAAAUGCGAAAAUCGCAUAAAAGUUUUAGAACGAGGAUACAAAAAAAUGAAGGAUAAACUGGCCAAAGGAGAGAGACCCAAAAAACUAUUUCCAUAUUAUGAAGAAUUUCAAGAUAUGCCUCUUAACAAAAAAUAUGCGUUUGUUCCUGGAUUAAAUUCCUCUAAUUAUUCUACAUAUACUACUGUUAAUUUUAACAACACCGUUAAACCUGUCACUCCUGUUACUUACAUUAAAUUAUCAAAUGUGAAACAAGACAUAGAUGAUGUUUCUCAAACUGAAAAUUCACAACUUAUUGAACAACCACAAGAAACUUCUCAACAAAUUCUUCCACAGCAAACUACUACACCACGACAACCACCACCAUCUAAUAUGGUUAUUAUAGGAGAUAUAUAUUUCAAUAGAGAAAGGACAUUAGCUUUGAUAGACUUAUAUAAAAAGUAUAAUGAAAAAUAUUGUGAGAGAGCUAUAAAAACAAAACGACGAAUGUGGUAUAUAAUUGCAAGAGAAAUGACCAGUUUGUUUAAAAUUCCCAUUACAGGUUCAAAAUGUGAAAAUAAACUAAAAGUACUUGAGAGAAAUUAUAAAAGGGGUACUUAUCUUAAAAGAAGAUAUGAAUUUGAAGACGAACUUAAAGCUAUUUUUGGAGACAGGGUUGUUAGGCCACCUGUUGUGAAACCUUCGACUGUAUUCAAUAAUAGAGCAACUCCUUCAACUUCUACAACACCUCAACAAGUUACUAUACGAGUUUUAGACCCAAAAGCAACUAUAGCAGAUAAAAUAGAGACUGUUCUUUUGGGGAUCAGAAGUGAUUUUCAAAUUUAUUACAGAGAAAGAUUGAACAUCGAAAGGGACAAAUUAUCACUUAAAAGACAAAAAUUAAGCAUGAUGAAGGAUGAUCGGAGAAAGAUGAGAUAAAAUGCUCUUUAUAUACAGUUUUUUUUAUUUUAUAACAAUACAUUUUAGCAUUAAUUAAAUAGUGUUUUUAAAUUUAAGAGUAAAAAUUUUGAGUAAAAUAUGUAUAAGAUGCUUUGUACAUGCCUAACCAGCAGUUUAUACAAUAAUUACAAAAGUUGAUGCCUGUCGAAAUGUUUUUUAUUUUAAUGAAAAAUAGUCUUUACAGUUCUUUAUGAAUGUUUUUCAGUAGUUUUAAGCAAAAACCCGGCAAAUACCUAUUGGCUCCUUUAACUUUGUAGAGGCUAAUCCUUCUUGGUGUAUUUAACUGAUCACAAUUGACUUUUGCAUUUACAAAUAUAGAAGUAAGAUAUGUCUCUUAUUUUUUAUUAAUAAUACAGUGUCCAACAGAUUUUCAACUAAUAACUGGAUAGGAAACAUUAAAUGCAUUAUAUAAAAUACAUUGUUACAUUUGGAGGGAAAAAUACAUUAUAUAGUUUAGGCUAUGUUUUAUAUUUAUGCUAGGCUGCAGUUAAAUAUGUCCAGGCUUUGACAUAGAAAACGGUUAUGAUUUUCACACAUGCUGUAAAGUGGGACUAUUUUUUGAGGUUUAUCCUAGGGGUAUGCAAAUAAAACGUGUAUUUUUUGUACUAGCAUGUGUAACGUAAAUCCUAAUUCUAUGUAAUUUCACGGUCAAUUAUAAAUACCUGUUGUAUGAUAAUUAUUUGGGACUCAAGUGAUUUUACAGAAUAACGAUCAAGAAGUGCAGUCAUGGGGUUAGCCUAUAGCAGGAUAUUGUGUUAUCUUGUUUGAAGGAAGCAUAAUUUAAGAAAGAGAUGCUGGACGGAUUCUAACUCUGAUAUAAAUACUAUAGAAUGGAGCCCAGAUGACAGAGGUAUAUUCAAGUUUGGAUCUGACAUGAGAUUAAAAGGAACCAAAAGUGGUUGACGGCUGUGUGUAUGCAGCUUAGAUCAGCAAAGAAAAACUUGUAUUUCAUUCAUAAUUUUAUUAAAAUAGCAAAGCACUUUCGGCAUUAAGCCAUCUUCAGUGCUUACUGUCAAAUAUACAAAGAUAUCGACUAUGUAAUAUCGGUUGUCAUUGUUAUUUCCCAUUGAGAUAGAAUAAAGAGGAGAUGCUAUGACGAUGCUAAAUUGUCCG